AUGUCCUUGAAUUGGCCUCGGAAUAACUCAAGGUGGUCAACUGAUUGGCCACCAAAGUCGCGCACCUGCUCCGCAACUCCUCUGCCACUCUUCGGCAGUCUCCUCAAAACGCUUGAGCUCGAGACUCUUGACGACAAUACUGCCUUACAUCCUGACAACACUGACCCGAUCAGGAUCGAGAAUGCCCGAUUCGUCUCGUCGUACAGCUGGAUGGACACACGCGGUAAAGGGCCAACCAUCCUCGUUCCGGGGAAGCCCCCACUGUGGACUCCCCAAAAGGGCCCUCAACAACUCAAACAGGACAGCGGAACCUAUUAUCGUGACAAGAACGCCGCCCGCUAUCCAGCACAUCCGCUGGAACCAGCGAUCAUUGUUGCCCUUGAGGCAGACCCUGAGCUUCCCUCAAAUUUAGACAUCUUCUGCUGUGCGAGCACACUCGGCAACUUGCUGCGCUUUGUUCGCGGUGAGAACAAGCAGUUUCGCAUGGUGGUGUAUAAGCUUGGACGGACCUUUUUCUUCGUGAGAAGGGAGAACUCCCCUACUGAGGUGAUCCCAGAUGUGAAGGGUUACGGCCAUACAUUCCCUGAGGCAAAUACUACGUGGGAGGAGGAUGUCAAAGGGAGUGGGAGUCACCAACGACUGGUGAGCUAUCGCUUUAGUGGGAUGAAGCUGUGUGUGAGAAGUGAGGCAGAUGGGUACAUCAAGAAAGAGGAGGACAAAGAAAUGUCAACCUCCGGGAAGGCAACCACAAACAUCACUGGGCCUCCUGCCCCUCCUUGGCCUAGUCCUACCCUUGAGUCCCUUGCCACCGCCCUCGACAUUCUGGAAGUUACUCCGCCUUCUCAAUCCCCAAGGCCCUCCGACAUCCCCACAUCCCCCACUGCCCAAUCCCCACUCCCCGCAGGUCUCAAAAUCCUCCGCUCAUAUACCCCGCCAAUCCCUCAGUCCCACAUCUUUGACCUCAAAACUCGUUCCAUGAAGAAAAGACCACUCGAAAACGUUCUCCUAGAUGAGGAAAUCCCACGUCUCUGGAUCCGACAGCUCCAAUAUUUUAUCCUGGCAUAUCAUGAUAGAGGCCUCUUCCGACUGACGGAUGUCGAAGUUAGAGUUGUCAAAGAUGAUGUGAGAAAGUGGGAACUGGAUCACCAGAGGGAGUUAGGAAAGUUCGCAAGGGUGUUGCGAUGGGUUAUAGAUGUAGCAGAGGAAUAUGCUGCCAAUGAGGAUCAUGGCAUUGAAAUUUGCUUGAGGGAGAGCAAGAAGUUGGAGGCUAGGAAGGUAGUAGGGUUAAAGUAUGGGGUGGCAUCUAAGGGGGUGAGAGAGUGGUGGGAAGGAUUGGUGAAAGAAAAGGAUCCGGAGACAAACUCAGGCGAAGAGGAGGGAAGUGAGGAAACUGAAUCGACUUAUGCCAAUGAUUGGAUGGUUUGA